GCCGCACUUUCAGCUCAAAGCAAACCAGCUCAAAGCAAACCAGCGCCACGCCAUGGCGCAAAGAACAACGGUCCGGACAACCUACGAGGUCGAGCGCACAUUGCAGCCGAUUUACUCGGGCGGCAGCAUAGCGCUCAGUGAAGAUGGGCGCAUCCUGGCCGCAUGUCUCGGAGAAGAGGCUCUGCUCACAGAUUUGUCUACGGGCAAGGAGCUGGCGAGAGCAGAGGGCGAUGGCGAGGCAAUCACAUCCCUGGCCCUAACACCAUCCGCCUCCCACCUGAUCGUGUGUUCGCGUUCGCUGUCGAUGCGCAUAUAUGCUCUGCAACCCUCACAAACAGACGAUGAAACAAUCGAACUCGAGCUUCUUCGAUCGCUGAAACCGCACACGGGUCCUGUGGUAACACUGGCAGUCGACAGCACCGGAACGCUUGUGGCAACAGGCGGUGCUGAUGGCGUGGUCAAGAUUUGGGACAUUCGCGCAGGGUAUACCACACAUACCUUCCACGGCCACGGAGGCGUUGUUUCAGCACUGCACUUUUUCCAGGUUGAGGUGACAGCAAAGCUUGACGCUGCAGACGGCGGCAAGAAGAGGAAGAGGAGCAAGUCGCAGCAGAGAGCCGAAGAAGCACAGGGAGAGAGCACGCUCGAAUAUCGCCUGGCUUCUGGCGCUGAGGAUGGCAAGAUCCGCGUGUGGGAUCUGCAUAAGAAGAAGAGCAUUGCAGUGUUGGAUUCGCAUGUUUCGGUUGUGCGCACUCUGCAGUACUCGCCGCAAGACAAGCUUCUACUUUCUGGAAGCAGAGACAAGACCUUGAUUUUGUGGACGUCGGAGAAAUGGAAGCAGCAGCGGACGAUCGCUGCGUUAGAAGGCAAUGAAAGUGCGGGCUUCCUCGCAAACGGGCAGAUCAUCUACUCUGGCGGAGAGCACGGCAAUGUUCGACUGUGGUCGACAGCGAACGGUCAGGAGCUAACAGAAGAGCAAGAGCCUGGGAACGAGACUGACGAGAUCGUCAACAUCCUCCACUAUCCCUCUCUGCCAUACCUGAUCUCAGUCCAUGCUGAGCAGGUCCUCAAUUUCCAUUCGCUGAAGUCAGUCGAGCUGCCCUUCCUCGAAGAAACCAUCAAGCCGCUCUCCAUCUUCCGACGUGUUUCCGGUACGCACGACGAGGUCAUCGAUAUCGCAUACGUUGGACAAGACAAAUCACUCCUGGCGCUGAACACAAAUUCAGAAGAUAUCCGGAUAGUGACAUUGAAGGAAGAUGCGGCGGAAGGGAGAUACUUUGGUGCAGAUGUUGGGGUGCUGGUGGGCCACGAGGAUAUUGUCAUCUGUCUGGACGUAGACUGGUCAGGCCACUGGCUUGUCACAGGUGCCAAGGACAACACUGCUCGAUUAUGGCGACUGGACCCGAAGAACAAUUCCUUCGAAUGUGCAGCUCUUCUCACCGGUCACGCCGAAUCGCUGGGAGCCAUCGCUCUCCCUCACACAGUCCCUCAAGAGGGUUCGGCCGCGUUUACGGACCCGCUAUCACACCCUCCAGCAUACAUUGUCACAGGCUCGCAGGACCGAACUGUGAAGCGAUGGGACGUCACCAAGGAUACGAAGAAGCUGCGCGCAAAAUACACACGGAAAGCCCACGACAAGGACAUCAACGCCAUUGAUGUAGACCCGUCAGGCACUCUCUUUGCGUCAGCAUCGCAGGACAGGACUGUCAAGAUCUAUUCAGCGGCAGAAGGUGAAGCCGUGGGUGUAUUGAGAGGACAUCGCCGUGGUGUUUGGACCGUCAAGUUUGCGCCAAAGACAUCGCAAGUUCCCAACUCCGCCAACAAGGGUCUGAUAGCCACUGGAAGCGGAGACAAGACGGUAAAGAUCUGGAGUCUGGCAGACUAUUCAUGUCUGCUGACGCUCGAAGGGCACUCCAACAGUGUUCUAAAGCUCGCAUGGUUGCCCUAUCGACCUGUCGAUGCGCGGGACAAGCGUGGCCCGCAAAUAGCAUCUGCUGCAGGAGAUGGUCUUGUCAAGGUCUGGGACUCCUCGUCAGGUGAAUCCAUGUCCACUCUCGACAACCACGAAGAUCGCGUCUGGGCACUCGUCGCACACCCUGAGACAGGCGCCCUCGUCUCAGGAGGCGGCGACAGCGUGAUCACGUUCUGGAAGGACACCACAACGGCGACGCUCGAAGCCGCCACAAGCGCUGAAACCGAGCGCGUAGAACUCGACCAAAAACUGCAGAACUAUACAUACUCGGGCAACUACCGCGAAGCCAUCACCCUGGCACUGCAAAUGGACCAGCCCGGCCGGCUCUUCGCGCUCUUCAAAUCUGUCGCUGAGACCGAACAGCCCGACGAGGGCAGCAUGUGUGGGCUCACCGCCGUCGACGACGUCCUCGCCACCCUCGCCGACGAACAACUCUACAAGCUCCUCCUCCGCCUGCGCGACUGGAACACAAACGUGCGCACCGCCCCCGUUGCACAGAAAAUCCUCUGGACACUCGUCAAGUCGUAUCCUGCCUCGCGACUCGCCAGCCUGCGGCCCAAGGGCAAGGUCGGCGCUAAGGGCAGUCUGAAGGACGUGCUCGAUGCGAUUCGCGUGUAUUCCGAGAGACACUACAAGAGGGUUGAGGAGUUGGUGGAUGAGAGUUAUUUGUUGGAUUUCACGCUCAGGGAGAUGGAUGAAGUAGGUGAUAUCAAGGCCAUUACCAAUGGGACGUCGCGGCUGGGUCUGCAGCGUGAUGUUGUCAUGGCUGAGUAGGAUUUUUUGGGUACAUAUAAAUAUACCCCGUUCGAGAUCGA